AUGUCGACCUUUGGGCACGCCUUCCGGGUGACCACCUACGGCGAAUCGCACUGCCGCUCUGUUGGCUGCAUUAUCGAUGGCUGUCCUCCGGGGAUGGAGCUUACCGAGAGCGAUAUCCAACCCCAAAUGACCCGAAGACGGCCGGGACAAUCGAGCAUCACCACGCCGCGAAACGAGAAGGACCGCGUCAUGAUUCAGUCCGGGACCGAGUUUGGUAUUACACUGGGCACGCCGAUUGGCCUCAUAGUGCUCAACGAAGACCAGCGACCGAGGGACUAUGGCAAUAAGACUAUGGACAUGUACCCGCGACCGAGCCACGCCGACUGGACUUACCUCGAGAAGUAUGGUGUCAAGGCCAGCAGCGGUGGCGGCAGAAGUUCUGCCCGUGAGACUAUAGGCCGUGUUGCGGCCGGUGCUGUUGCUGAGAAGUACCUUAAGUUGGCUUAUGGGGUGGAGAUCACAGCCUUUGUCUCCUCCGUUGGUAACAUCCACAUGUUCCCCCCUACGACCGAAGCCCCGACACCGAGCCAGAACCCCGACUUCCUCAAGCUUUUGGAAACCAUCGACCGCAAGACCGUCGACCAGUUCCUGCCGGUUCGAUGCCCGGACGAAAAGAAAUCGGAGGAGAUGGCCGACUACAUCGCUGAGUACAAGGAGCGGGAAGAUAGUAUUGGUGGGACAGUCACCUGCGUCAUCAGGAACGUGCCGAGUGGGCUGGGCGAGCCUUGCUUUGACAAGAUGGAGGCCGAGUUGGCACACGCCAUGAUGAGCAUACCGGCUACCAAGGGCUUCGAGGUUGGAUCUGGAUUUGGCGGCUGCGAGAUUCCGGGUUCUAUUCACAACGAUGCCUUUAUCAGAGCCCCCGAAUCGGACAAGUCAUCAAAGUCGGGCAUUCCUAGACCCAAGCUCACGACGAAGACGAAUAAUUCGGGCGGUAUCCAAGGUGGUAUCACCAAUGGUGCCCCGAUUUAUUUCCGAGUUGCUUUCAAGCCUCCCGCGACUAUUGGACAGGCACAAAACACGGCAACGUACGAUGGUGAUGGUGAAGGUGUUCUGGCGGCGAAGGGUCGACAUGAUCCCUGUGUGGUGCCCAGGGCGGUGCCGAUUGUUGAAUCGAUGGCAGCGCUUGUUAUCAUGGACAACCUGAUGCAACAAAUUGCUCGGCAUGGAGCCAGAACACAUCUGGCGUCGUUGCAAAAUAGAGCGGUUUCUACCGAGAAUAGCGUGGAUCGGCAGUAG